CAUUGCGGGCCCGCGGUUCGGGCGGCUCCGGCUCGGGGUAGAGCUCCGUGUCCGCCGGCGCCCUCGGCGCUGCAUCGUCCUCCGGCUCGGCCCGCUCCCAGGGCCGCGCGCGCCUCGCUCAGCUGCAGCCCUGCUGCCGGCGCCCGGGGCGCUGCCGCGGCCGUGAGCCGGCGUGUCCGUAAGGGCGGCGGGGCCGCGGGGUCGGGGCGCGGCGCGCGGGCGCAGGUCUAUGUCGCGGGCGGCGGCGGCGGCGGCGGCCGCGCAGGGACGAUGCGCGAGUACAAAGUGGUGGUGCUGGGCUCGGGCGGGGUAGGCAAAUCCGCCCUGACCGUGCAGUUCGUGACCGGCACCUUCAUUGAGAAAUACGACCCCACCAUCGAGGACUUCUACCGCAAGGAGAUCGAGGUGGACUCGUCGCCUUCGGUGCUGGAGAUCCUGGACACAGCGGGCACCGAGCAGUUCGCGUCCAUGCGGGACCUGUACAUCAAGAACGGCCAGGGCUUCAUCCUGGUCUACAGCCUGGUCAACCAGCAGAGCUUCCAGGACAUCAAGCCCAUGCGGGACCAGAUCAUCCGCGUGAAGCGGUAUGAGAAGGUGCCAGUCAUCCUGGUCGGGAACAAAGUGGACCUGGAGAGUGAGAGAGAAGUGUCCUCCAACGAAGGCCGCGCCUUGGCCGAGGAGUGGGGCUGCCCCUUUAUGGAGACUUCGGCUAAGAGUAAAACAAUGGUGGAUGAGCUCUUUGCCGAAAUUGUGAGGCAGAUGAACUAUGCAGCUCAGCCUGACAAAGAUGAUCCAUGCUGUUCUGCCUGUAACAUCCAAUAGCAUCCGAACGUGGCUGCCCCGGACAGGAUUUGUCUAGGCUCGUAGGCAACCUUGUCUACUGCACUGCAGUCUGUGGGCUGGGUGGUGUGGGAGUCCACAGUGCACUGCAACCCUCAGGCCGAUGGCCCAGCUGACACCUCUCAGUACCUGUGGGUUCCGUGACUACAGCUUCCACCUCUCUCCUCAGUCCUCUGUACACCUGCAAGCUGAAGGCACCGCCGCCAAGCUCCAGGGUGACCUCAUUUGACGUGAUGAUGGCAUUGCCAUUGAGGUGACAGAAGCCACUGUUGUGUUAACUAAAAAUAAUCAUGAGAAACCAGAAGAAUUCCUAUGAUCACUAACAAUUAAAAUAUUUUGUUGUCUUAAAAAAAAAAAUAAAGGAGAAAUAUUUUCCUACAAGAGUACUGAAGUCAGGGAUGGAUGGAGCUUCUAGCCACUGUGUUCCAUCCCAAUAAGACAGCACUGCAGGGAGACUCUGCCCAGCUGACACACUUCUAGUUUCCAAAUUGAUGCCUGAUCGUAGCUGUUAUCCUAAUUCGUGACACGAAACUCACUCACAUACCAGUCCUCAAUAGAGUAAAAGUCAGAACAAGGCUGUGUGCAAAACCCAAUCUGGCUUUAGAAUUGGUUGAGUCACAUGCUCUGCCACAGAAAAGAGUCUCUCAUGGGGGGUUAUGAGAAUUGAGUUGUACACCCACCCUCUGUUAACGGAGCAGGUAUGGUCUAAUUUACUGAACAAGAAAAAAGCAACUGGGAUGGAGAGCCCAGCCUUACUAACAGGCCUUGUAGCCGAUUAACCACCGCAGAAGGAAAAUGAAGCCAUGUUACACCCACACGCUUCCGUUUGCAGACACCCCAUAGGACAGUACAAACAUCUGGCUGUGUGUGUGUGUGUGUGUGUGUGUGUGUGUGUGUGUGUGUGUGUGUGUGUUCGUGAAAGUCCUUUAAGGGCCAUGGUUGCCAUAGGACCCUUGGCUCACCUGCUUUGGAAAUCCAGUUUGCUGUAUCACAGCUUUAUUGUAGGCAUUAAAAAAAAAAAAAAGAUUGGAUAACCUAUGAAAUAAUUUGAUCUUAGAAGUAGAGUGUAAAUUAUUUUACGGAGGGAAGGGACACAAAACCUCUUGUCUUCCCUUUCCUGGAGAAUCAUGGGAGCUUUUCAUGUGUGCAUCCCACCCUGAUGGCUGAAGUGGCUGGCACACUGCCUGAGUGAGUCCUCUGUUUCAAAGGGUGCUUAAGCUCCAGAAUGUUUGGUUCUCGUGGCUGUGAUGUGUUUAUCAUUUGCAUGAGUAAUGGCACAGGAAAAGUAAAUUCUAUUCAGGAGUUUCACAGUCGAGUGUGGAAGGGUUCUUCUCACCUCCCUUAGAGGCUUAAGUGUUGGUGAGUGUCUUGAUCUUGCCCUCUGAAGAUCAGUAUGACCUUCAGAACUGCAGUGUCACUGAGCCUGGAUGCACUUAGGCUCCACGGUCUCGAGCAAGUAACCACUUAGUCUCGUGUGUACCAGAGAGAAGAGUGUGUUUGUGUGUGCAUGUGUGUUUCUCGUUCGUAAGAAUUUGGCACAAUUCAGAGGCUAUCGCCUCGACUGAGAAUCUAUACUGCAGAACAAUGUAUAGGCAGGCAUUUUUUUAAAAUUAUUAGUCUCUUACAAGCCAUUGGAAUCCCCCCAACCCCAAGUAUUUAGUAGCUGGCUUUAAGUUUACAAGAUGGGGGACAAGGUCAAUGGUGUUUGUCAUAUGUGAGAAAUAAAAAAAAUAAAUAAAUAAUGUGGGUAAACCCAGGUUGUGGGUGUUAGAGUGUCUUUGAGAAUUCCUGAUCUGCAGCGCCAUCUUCUCCACUGAGGAAGUACCACAUUUUAUAGGACAGAAAGUCCUAACAGUUUCCUUGACACAAAGUUUAUUAUGUAAAAGUUGAUUUUGACUCAGAUACAUUGAAAAAGUACUGAAGAAGUACGUUUCAUCUCCUGAAGUAGAAAUAUUAGUGUGUUGACCUCUGAGGCCUCUAACUUGUCUGACUAAUUCUGAUUUUUAGAAUCCCAUAAUGAACAGCAGUUUAUGAUAUUGCAUAUUAGAAGAAGCUGUACAGACCCCACAGCUUUACGUCAUGGAUGGCCCAUGCAAACAUGGAAAGGGUGUGAAGCAUGAGAAAGCUGGGCAAGGUGUGAAGUGGGAGCGUUCGCCAGGCUUUUAGGCAGACUCUUCCUAAGGCCCAGCGUUUACACCGGCCCUUCAUUUGCCCAGGCAUGGCUUCCCCAAGCCAAAAUGUGCCACACCCUCUCCCUGUUCCUCUGGUUCAAGUCUGACUGAUGGUUGUGCAUGAUGUUUGCCAAGAUGGGGAUAAAAACCCAAGGACAGGAAAAAGACACUUGUCAGCACAUGAAAUGGUGGGAGGCAGAGGAGAGCCAGCCCGUCCGCCUAGCAACUAGAUAAAUGAAAGUUUGUUCUUACAUGCCUUAAAAAUAUUAUGGUUUGACCCAAAGACCCACUAUUUCUUUAGCUAUUAUUUGGUUUUCUCUGAUUUGUUUUUUACUUUUCACACAGAGCCAGGUUUUUUGUUUUGUUUUGUUUUAGGUUUAUUUCUUUUAUGGUGUAACUUGCGGGUUCUUUUAAGCUGUGGCAGCGACGGUAACCAACGCCUUUCCGCUCCUCAGCUUCCACAAGAGAAGCAUCUGCUGGAAAGCCUUGUAGGUGUUUCCAUACACCACGAGAUGGGAAGCCUUGUAGGUGUUUCCAUACGCUGCAAGAGGUGCUUUGAAGCGCCUGCCCUUUGCUUUGUAGAAUUAGGGCCUGGCAGGGCACUCCAGUUGCUGUCACUCUCUGAUGUUUGCUUUUUGUGUCGCCCGAGGACAGCUGUGGUGUGCUGCCCAGUGCGACUGUUGCUGCUGGUGAAUGCGAAGGUGCUUUGUCCUCCACUGCUGUUGGGUUGCUUAGUUCCUCAGUUUCUCCAUCAGUAGCCACCCCUCUCCCCUCCCUCCCCCCAUUAGCACUGGCUCAGCUUUAACUGUCUCCUCAGCCAAUCAGAUGUUAAAGACGAUGGGGGUCCUCUUGUUUAAUUUGUCCUCGUGUAUCUAUUAAACCUCGAUCAGGGUUUCUAGAAUGGCUGCAGUAGAUUUUGAAAACAGACUUACCGUUAUCAAUUUGGGGUUUCCCAGAGAUCCAGUUCACAGUUAAUUGUUGAACUCUAAUACAACUGACCAUUUAAAAGUGAACAACAGCUUAUUGUUUUGUAACAGUGUCGGGUAAGCCCUGACAUUUCAAUUGAAACAUGAAUUGUCAUUAUAACUCAAUGCAAAUUCAACAGUUGUAUUUGGAGUUAAAUUAUUUUAACAAAUAAAUUUAUUUAAUGAAA